UCGUAAACAAGAAGGAGUCCAUUCAAGUUUCUACGCUCUGGAGCGAUGUUAGACAUGCCUAAUGUCUGGAUGUGACAACUUCGGACCAGGCAGUCCAGACUCCUGGCUGUCUGAGCGCGACAGUGUGGAUUACAAUGUCUUCUACAAUAGCAUGGACUCCAUGGUGUUCCAUAAUGAUGUGCAUAGUUCACAGUUCCUGAAGGAAAUGAAGGUGCUUUAUGAUGACGGCCUGUUGACAGAUGUGACCCUGAGUGUGGAUGGACACAAACUGCCUGCUCAUCGUGUGGUACUGGCAGCUGCAAGCCCCUACUUCAAAGCCAUGUUUACACUGGAUCUGAAUGAGAGUAGGCAAGAUGUAGUGGAGCUGUUUGAGGUGGACUUUGAAUCAGUGAGCCAGGUUGUGACUUACGCUUACACAGGGACUCUGGAAAUUUGUCAAGAGAAUGUUCAGAAUUUGCUGGCAGCAGCUUCAUUAUUUCAGAUCAUUCCAGUUCAAAAGGCCUGUGCAAGAUUUUUGGAAACCCAGCUUGACAAUAAUAAUUGUGUUGGCAUAUACUGCUUUGCCCAGGCUCAUAGCUGUCUUUCACUGCAAGUUAAAGCAAGGGAACAUAUCGAAAAAAACUUUAUGGAUGUUUACCAGUGUGAGGAAUUCUUACGACUUCCUGUGGAUAAAGUUAAGGAAAUUGUUGGCAGUGAUGAACUAAACGUUGACAAAGAGGACAUUGUCUUUGAAGCUGUAUUAGCUUGGGUUGGAGCACAGGAUGGGCGAACUGGUUUUCUUGGACAGUUGAUGACACAGGUUCGAUUUGGUCUCAUUUCUUUACGAUUCAUGCAAGAAAGGGUGAUGAAAAGCAAUUCAAUGCUUAGUGACCAGAGUUGUGUAUCUCUUCUACAAGAUCUGAAGGAGUUUGAAAGUAAUCCUCAUUCCUAUCAGGGACAGAGCACCUUUAGCUUGUCUUUGCGUUCUGGUAUGAUUAAACCUGAGCACUGUAUGUUACUACUGGGAGGAACAGAGAACCGUCGACCUUACAUUAAUUGUUACAACCCUUUAACAAGAGAGGCCUUUUUUAUGAAUGAUUUCCCUGUUUCUCGAAGAUAUGGUGAUUUUGAUGUGGAAAGUCUGGCUGGUGUUGUUACUGACAAAAACACCUUGUUUGCUGGAGGUGGAAACUAUAUUUAUCAUUCUGACAGUGGUGAGCACUUUGACUCCGAUGAUUCCUUAGAUGAAUUUGAAGAAAGGGUUGUAAGUAAAGAUUUCUAUCGCUAUGACAACGAUCACAACAAGUGGAUGGCCUUGUCUCCAAUGUUAUUUCCCAAAUCAAACUUUUCUCUGGCUUCUUUAGGUGGAAAAAUAUAUUGUUUUGGGGGUCUGACAGAGAAUCAGCAUCCUACUGAAAUCAUUGAGGUGUAUGACAUUGACAAGAAUCGAUGGAGUUAUCAAGGCAUGCUCCCUACCUCACUGGUAGAUCUGGCCUGUGUUGUUCAUGAGGAGCACAUAUUCCUACUAGGGGGACGUACAGGUGUUGGUGCACAUAACUUAGUUGUCAUGUACCACCCUGUCAAAGGCCAGUGGAUCACAAGGGCUGGAAUGCUCACUCCCAGGUUUAAUUUCGGUGCAUGCAUUGUUGAUGAUGAGAUCUAUAUUGCUGGCGGUCAGAUCUAUUCCCAAAGUUCUCACACUAUUAACAGACAAGCUCUCAAGUCUGUUGAGAUAUUUAGUGUGGCAAACAAUCAGUGGCGUCCAGGCCCAGAACUUCCUGAGGCAAUAUACAAUGUGGGGCUUGCUGUUGUAAAUAUGGCAUUGUAUGCAUGUGGUAUGACAGAAAGUGCACGGCUUACACACCCAACAUAUCGCAACAUUGUGUGUCGGCUCGACUUUAGCCGUGGUCAGUGGGACAUUAUAGAACAAACCCUUUGUGAUACCAGGAACUACAAUUGUAUUGCAGCCAAGCUCCAUACUAGGAAGCUGUCACAGGUGUUCCGUCCUGAGGUAGAUACAUAGCCAGGUUUUAAUCAUCAAUUACAUUAGUUUGAUACUAAACCUGUAGGUUACUCCCAGGAUUCUGGUGAAAUUCUUUGGGUGGCAAAGAAAAAAUAUACCACAACAAACAUCUGUAGUAACAGAAGGCUGAUAUAACAAGCAAAGCUCAAAAUUGAAUUUUGUCUUUAAGUUUUAUUUUAUAUGGAAAUUUAUAUGGAAAUAAAUAAAAUGCAAAUUGUAUGGACAUCCUCUUUCUAUGUACCAAAUUCAAAACAUUUCAUAACAUAUUAAAAUUGAUUCAUAAACUUCUUUUUUGUUUUGUGGUGAAAAACUUUUAAGUACUAAAUAGCAUCAGCCAAUCAGCUCUGCAAAAUAGUUAAGUUUUGACCCCACCAUUUCUUUUUGAGUUAAAACUGAUCGAAUAAAUGAAAUGUUAUGAUCAUAAAUCAUGACUAUUCAAGAAAUUUCCAGAUAAUUUCUGUAACCAUGUAGUACCAUUGUGAUUGUGUAGACAUGUGGUAAUCACUACAUAUUAAAGAUGUAAGAGAUAUUGUAACAGUGGUCAUCAUUUGAUAGCAAUGAAACCCAUAACCUCUGGCUUAUGCUCCACUGAUGAAGAAACGAUCUCUCUAGCUUAGAAGUAUAUUAUGGCUAAUAUUUACAAGGGUUGUUCCUUUGAUACAGGGUCCUGAAUACUUCACUAUUCCUGUGUAGAUUGGACCAGAACUUAAUUGUCCUCCACACUCAUCAAAUAACUGACAGUACUGAAUUACCUUUAUAUGAUAAAGGUUUGUAUGUAGCAGAAUUUGGUUAUGGUAAAUCCUGUUAUAUUAAGAUCUACACGUUUGUGUCUCCUCUAAUCAGCCCGAGUCAUAAGGGACCAUAAUCUGAGAUAUGAAUGCAGUGUCUCUAUUGAUACAUUUUUGUAGGAUGAAAUAUACUUUGUAUACUGUACAACAGUUGUGUAACAUUCACUUAAAUUUCAAUUUAUGGCUGCUCUUUGCUGUAAAUAAAAACAGUGCUAUAAGAUACUUUAUUUAUCAUACUUCUGCACAUACAGAGAUCAUAUCCUUGAGAGAUAUUUUUGUUGUCAUAUACAUGAGGAAUAUGAAUUUCACUUUUAUAUAUCAUACAGGGUAAAGAUGAGGACUAGAGACAAUACUUGAAAACAAUACAGUUUUGAAACUAUGCCUAUCAUAUGAGAUAUUUUGUUUUUCUGUAUACAAAUGUAUGAAAUAUUUUUGAGUGAACAUAGAUCUGGAAAUGUUAAAGAUAUGGAUUUUCCUACAUAGACCUAACUAACUACCCAAACUGAAAUUUAGGACUUUAGAUAAUUGAUCACAGAAGUGUUUAUUAUUUUUUUUGUAUAAACUGUCAGUGAAGUUUAGAAUGAUGAAGGAAAAAAAGCAAUGAAUAUGGCCAGACAAGUUUGUGAAAUGCCUGAUUCACUGUUGAAUAGAAAGCAGGAGAUAGCUGGAAAUCUUUUAUCAUGAAGUUAGAUUGUAUAUAUUUAAGAAUUUAAGACAUAUUGAACACCAAAGCAUGUUGAGUAUGAAAGUUGUCUGUUGUCACUAAUAUUUGUUUUUAAUUUAUGGUUAAUCAACUUUUAUGUAUUUGUAUAUUUGUACCUACUUACAAUAUGAGUGAUGUUUUUUUACAAUCCUUUGUAUCACCCAGAGGCAUGUAAACUAAUGUUGUAUAAAGUUUUAUAUGUAAAAUUGACAUGAUUAUGUAACAACCAAGGGAUAAGAUGUAUUUUUUUAUCAAAAAUAUAUAUUGUGUAUACUCAAAGCACUCUUGUUUUUUAAAAAUAUAUAAUGU